AUGUUAGGAACUGAACUGGUUCAUUCCAUCAAUAGAUUGUGUAAAAAUAAAAAUCUAUUGUUGAAUAGUAUCUUUUCACCCACAUAUUCUGCUACACUCACUGGAUCGGCCAAUAUCACUUUGAAGAGCAGCCGAUUUUACAGUAGUUCUGGCAGUGAACCUGGACAGGACAAUUACAACUGGCGGCAGCGGGUAGUUGGCGCUCAAACUGGAAACCGACUGAACGUCGGACCUUACAAGCGCGGCCGCUGGUUCGUGAGCUACAAAGAGGACCCCGGGAGCUUCAUCACGAACAUUUUAAUCAUCCUCGUCACCGGAUACGCCAUCUUCGCCCUUCUUCCUGGUACCUUUACUUCCUACUCAUUUGUUUUAGGGGAAUCGAUGAAGGUGCGGAGGCAGCGGAAGCUGCGGCAGAUGCUUUUGGACAAGGCCAACAUGACCGAAUCUGAACUCAGCUACAUUGAAAACUACAAACUGGAGACCGUCGACGAGCACAGCGCCGAAUAA